AAGUUCGCGCAAGUUUAUUUAGACGAGGGACAACGAAAUAGGUGUUUUGGACGUGCAUCUUUUCAUAUAAUGCACAUUUCUCUGACUUUUGGGAGUAAUUCGUUCACUAUAAGCUGCGUGGUAUUUGUGUUUCUUACUUAUUACGGAUUUACUGUUACCAGAGCAUCAGAAGAAUAUUGCACAGCAAAAGACAGCAAUUGUCCAAAGAAAGAAAAUCCAGCAUCUGCAGAACAUUUGACUGAAGGCACAGAAAUCCCAACAACAGAAGAAGAAUCUAUUUCAAGUACGGGAAUGGAGUGGUUUUCACAUGGAGUUAACAACGAUGACCUCGUUGCUCAACUAAAAAAAGGAAAGAUCAUCAAAUCAGAGGAAGUAGAGUCGGCAAUGAGGAAAGUAGACCGCGGAAACUUCUGUACAAAUCAUCCUUAUCAGGACUCUCCUCAGUACAUUGGCUUUGGUAUUACAAUCAGUGCCCCACAUAUGCAUGCUCAUGCCUUGGAGAUGUUGAAAGACAAACUAGUUGAAGGAGCCUCUGCACUGGAUGUUGGAUCAGGAAGUGGGUAUCUUACAGCAGCAAUGGCAAUGAUGACUGGUAAAACUGGCAAAGUUGUGGGGAUUGAUCACAUUCCAGAGCUUGUUGAAAUGUCCAGGGAAAAUAUUGGUAAAGGCAAUGCAGAUCUACUAGAGGAGAAGAGAGUGAUCUUGGUAGUAGGAGAUGGUAGAGAGGGACAUGAAUCAGAUGGUCCAUAUGAUGCUAUCCAUGUUGGAGCAGCAGCACAUCCUGUCCCAGAGCCACUAAUUAAACAACUUAAGCCAGGAGGCAGGCUUUUCAUCCCUGUCGGGCCAUCCCAUGGUGAUCAAUGGCUUGAACAAAUUGACAAGAAUGAAGAUGGAAGCAUCACAAGGAAGCAUUUAAUGGGUGUUCGGUAUGUGCCAUUAACAAGUAAAGAACACCAGUUGUCAAGGAACUGAUAGAAUCAAGUAAAAUGAAGACACAAUGAAGGCAUACAGAUCUAUAAAUUAGAAAAAAAGAAAGACAUUUUUAGAGCUAAGUAUCAUCAUCAUCAUUAUUUUCUAUGCCUGUGUGGCACAUAGGCAUCAAGGACUUCAAACUCAGUUGAUAUGAUUAUCCUUUGUGUUAGUUUCCGUAGCAAUAAGUAAUAUAUGAUAGGGUUGCUAGCCCAAUGCACAUUGCCAGAACCCUGUUAGCCAGCUUUACCUGUUACCAUGACGAGGAGGUAGGGAUUGGGUUUAGGAGGCCAAACCUAAUUAUUAGUAAUGAUUAUCAAUAGCUGGUUUUGAUAGAUGAUAAAAAGAAAAUGAAUAUUUUCAUCUUAAAAGUAUGAACCCUUAUCUGUUAUCGAGACAAAGUACUAACUUAGUUUCAGUUUUGGAAUAAAACACGUUGCUUUGCACUUUGUGUACUCCUUAAAAUAGUCACCCUUUCUUUUUCUUUACUGUCUCUUAAAGCGAUUGCAAAAUCAAAUACAAGACCCAACAACUUCUACUGAGAUUUCUAUGCUUCUUUUAUCUUCUUACUACAUGCCAAUGUUUGGCAAAAUAGCUUAUUUGCAACAACUUUCCAAAAGUUAUUGCUCUGAAAAGAUGUGUAAUAGCAGUUAAAAGAAUCAGUUAAAACUAAUAAAGGCCCAUGAACCAA